CCCCCCCCCCCGCCUCCCCGCCAUGCAGGGCGAGGACGCCCGGUACCUCAAGAGGAAGGUAAAAGGAGGCAACAUAGAUGUGCAUCCAUCUGAGAAAGCCCUCAUUGUCCAAUAUGAAGUGGAAGCAACGAUUCUGGGAGAGAUGGGAGACCCCAUGCUGGGGGAGCGCAAGGAAUGUCAGAAAAUCAUUCGGCUAAAGAGUCUUAAUGCAAAUACAGACAUUGCUUCCCUCGCUCGAAAGGUGGUUGAAGAAUGCAAGCUCAUUCACCCCUCCAAACUUGCAGAAGUAGAACAGCUAUUGUACUAUCUGCAGAAUCGCAGAGAUGCCUCAGCGGGAAAAGAAAAGAAAGAGAAAUCCAGUAAGCCAAAAGAUCCACCCCCAUUCGAAGGAAUGGAGAUUGAUGAAGUUGCUAAUAUCAAUGACAUGGAUGAGUACAUUGAGUUACUGUAUGAGGACAUUCCUGACAAGGUGCGUGGCUCUGCCCUCAUCCUGCAGUUGGCUAGGAAUCCUGAUAAUUUGGAAGAACUGCUUAUCAAUGAAACUGCCCUGGGUGCAUUGGCUAGAGUGCUGAGGGAAGACUGGAAACAAAGCGUGGAACUUGCUACCAAUAUAAUUUAUAUUUUCUUCUGCUUUUCAAGCUUUUCUCAAUUUCAUGGAAUAAUCACACACUACAAAAUUGGAGCACUGUGUAUGAAUAUCAUAGACCAUGAACUGAAGAGACAUGAGCUUUGGCAGGAAGAACUUGCUAAAAAGAAGAAAGCUGUUGAUGAAGAUCCUGAAAAUCAAACCCUGAAAAAGGACUAUGAGAAAACUUACAAGAAAUAUCAAGGACUGGUUGUCAAGCAGGAACAGCUACUCAGAGUUGCACUUUACCUGCUCCUAAAUCUUGCUGAGGAUACUCGCACUGAGCUGAAGAUGAGAAACAAGAACAUUGUCCAUAUGUUAGUGAAAGCACUGGACCGUGAUAAUUUUGAGCUGCUUAUCCUGGUUGUAUCUUUCUUGAAGAAACUCAGCAUUUUUAUGGAGAACAAAAAUGAUAUGGUUGAAAUGGAUAUUGUUGAAAAACUUGUGAAAAUGGUACCCUGUGAACAUGAAGACCUGCUGAACAUCACUCUUCGACUCUUACUAAAUCUCUCCUUUGACACAGGCCUGAGAAAUAAAAUGGUACAAGUUGGUCUGCUUCCCAAACUCACUGCACUUCUAGCAAAUGAAAACUACAAACAAGUAGCAAUGUGUAUUCUGUAUCACAUAAGCAUGGAUGAUCGCUUUAAAUCAAUGUUUGCAUACACAGACUGUAUCCCACAGUUAAUGAAGAUGCUUUUUGAAUGUCCUGAUGAGCGAGUUGACCUGGAACUUAUUUCUUUCUGUAUUAACCUUGCUGCUAACAAAAGGAACGUACAACUUAUCUGUGAAGGAAAUGGUUUGAAAAUGCUAAUGAAGCGGGCUUUGAAAUUUAAGGACCCAUUGUUAAUGAAGAUGAUCAGGAAUAUUUCACAACAUGAUGGGCCAACUAAAAGCCUGUUUAUUGAUUAUGUUGGUGAUUUAGCAGCUCAAAUAUCAAAUGAUGAAGAGGAGGAGUUUGUGAUUGAAUGCCUGGGAACACUUGCAAAUUUGACCUUACCAGAUCUGGACUGGGAACUUGUGCUGAAAGAGUACAAACUGGUUCCAUACCUCAAGGAUAAACUAAAACCAGGUUCUGCAGAAGAUGACCUUGUUUUAGAAGUGGUGAUAAUGAUUGGAACAGUUUCUAUGGAUGACUCUUGCGCUGCUCUGCUGGCUAAAUCUGGAAUCAUCCCUGCGCUUAUUGAGCUUCUGAAUGCUCAGCAGGAAGAUGAUGAGUUUGUCUGCCAGAUCAUCUAUGUAUUUUAUCAGAUGGUCUUCCACCAAGCCACCAGAGAUGUCAUUAUCAAGGAAACCCAAGCUCCAGCAUAUCUUAUAGACCUGAUGCAUGAUAAAAAUGCUGAGAUUCGCAAAGUUUGUGACAACACUCUGGAUAUUAUAGCGGAGUAUGAUGAGGAAUGGGCUAAAAAAAUCCAGAGCGAGAAAUUUCGAUGGCACAACUCUCAGUGGCUGGAAAUGGUGGAGAGUCGGCAGAUGGAUGACAGUGAGCAGUAUCUGUAUGGUGAUGAUCGUAUUGAGCCCUACAUCCAUGAAGGGGAUAUUCUGGAAAGACCUGACCUCUACUACAAUGCAGAUGGCCUCAUAGCCCCCGAUGGAGCAGUGAGUCCGGAUUUCUUCAGUGAUUACCAUCUUCAGAAUGGAGACCUCGUUGGGCAGCAUCCCUUCUCUAGCAGCGUCGGAGUUGAUGGAUUUGGUCAAUCACCAGGGGUUCCUGGCCGCCCCGCGACUGCGUAUGGAUACCGCCCGGAUGAACCGUACUACUACAGCUACGGAGCACGAUAAAACAGCCUGCUCUGCAGUCCAGGAUGCUGCCACCUGCCCUGGAGGAACCACUGUGUGCAUGGCCGGCAGUAGAUCUAUCCCUUGGUAAUGCAUGAUUGUACCACGAUGGGUCCAUCAUUACAUAUCCUUUGGCGUGUGUAGCUCCAGAUAAACCUAGCCUUUCUGAGUCCAGUGUUUUAGUGACAGUGUUUACUCUUUGGUUGCUCUUUGUUCUCCUUUUUGUACAAUAUUUGCUCUGUGACUUGAAAGCAAGAAUUGGAAAACUACUGGACUGGAAAGUGUCACCUUAUGUAUAUUAAGCUACUAAUUUAAUUUCUAUUAAAUAUGAAAACCUGUGUGGUCAGCA